CUCUUCUCUUCCCGAGGGGAGACCGGCAUCUAUGUGAGGCCGAAAGGGAGCACCUUAAGAUAUCUUUGUGGGUGUCAGGCGCCAGGAGGGAGGUGCCUGGGGUCUAGGAGCAGGGAGGCGGCCACUAAUUACGGUUUGCUACUCUCGUCCUACCUGCGCUUGGAGACCCUGGCUUCUUCCGAAAGGGCACUGCAAAGAGCGCAUACAGUCUGGAAAGAUAAGGCUGGUAAAGAAGAGCAACUUGGAGGAAGUGUCACUGCUGAGAUGCCUACCAUUAAUGCUAUUAUGAUUAUACAACUCUGUGUCCUUGUAGCUGCAUUUCCAGCUCAAUAUUUACUUUCUCAGUGGUAUGGAGCUGAUUCUAUUCAAAGCUUUCAAUUAAUAGAAAGGUUAAUUGGCUACUGGAACAAUUUUAGAUGGUCAUACCUGGGUCAGAAUGCAUGGACCAGAUAUUUAAAGUACCAGAUGGUAAAGAUGAGGAACUGGUACAAUGAAGGUGAAGAAUAUAUCCAUGCUUACUUUGCAGAACCAACUCGAAUUCGAAGUCCAAGGCCAGAAUCUGUUCACUUUAAAGUGGGAAUGGUGAUAAUGCACAAGCAACUUGGUUAUUCAGGAGUAAUUAUUGGUUGGGAUCUAGAAGCCAGAGCUCCAGAAGAGUGGCUAAAACAGAAAUAUCCUCCUGAGAAACAGUAUUUAAGAAAAUCUCCUCAUUAUCGAAUUCUUGUCCACAAGUCCAACAAAAUUGGUAUAUGUACAGCCUAUAUUCCUGAGGAGAACCUAAAAGUUAUUACAGGACAUGAGGUAUUCCAUCCCGACUUGAAAGUCUACUUCAGCAAGUACGAUGGAGCCAAAUACAUUAUGCAGCCAUGGCUAAAACAAAUCUAUCCUCAUGAUUAAAUCUAUUUUAAUCAAUAACUGCAUUUGUUGUACAGUCCCACAUCUAAAUUUUUCCUUUAUCAUGACAAAUGGUUCUGAAAUAAAUAAAUGAACUCUUUUUAAAAGUGA